AUGGAUGAUGAGGAUGAGCAAGAGAAUGAGGUGUUAAAUGAUGGUUAUGACUCUGAGAUUGAUGAGGAGGCUUUGAUUGCAAGGGAGAGAGUGAGAACUUGUACUGCCAAGUUGCUACAGAUAGCAAAUCAGCUACAGAGGGAGGUUGCUAAGGAGGGAUAUGCAAGUGAGUAUGAUGAGAGUGAGGAUGAUUUAAUAACCCCACCAAACAGUGGAGAUGAGGAAGAAACUAGAGAGGAAAGGAGGAAGAGGGCAGGGAACUUAGUGAGUGCAGACACUGAUUUCAGUGUGUUUAGUUGGAAGGUGGGGCAGAGGUUUUCAUCUAGGGAAGCUUUUAGGGAUGCUGUUUCUAAGUAUGCCAUUUUACAAGGAAGGAAUCUCACUUAUGACAUAAGCAACACUAAGGUAAAUCAGAGGAACAUGGAAAGGAACAGGAAGUUGAAGUCUAAGUGGGUAGCUAAACAAUUUUUAGAGGUUUUCAAGAACAGACCACAUUGGCCAGCAAAAGAGAUAGUUGAAACUAUCAGGAGGGCCUUUAAGGUAGUUGUUCAGAGAGGAUUUGCAUACAAGGUUAAGUAUGCAGCUCAUAGAAUGCUACAUGGGUCAAUGCAUGAACAUUAUGCAAAGCUGGGAGGUUACAUAGCAGCUUUGAAGGCUAGCAGUCCUGGUAGCUGUGUUGAGUUGGUGACAGUAACAAAACUGAACAAACAGCCUGCACCACCACCUGUAUUUCAAAGGUUGUUCACUUGUUUUGAAGGUCUGAAAAAGGGAUGGGUAGAUGGUUGUAGGAAGGUCAUUUGUGUGGAUGGGUGUUUCUUGAAGACCUUUCUAGGUGGGCAAUUACUCUCAGCUGUUGGAAGGGAUGGGAAUGAGCAGAUGUACCCUAUAGCUUGGGCAGUAGAAGAAGGGGAGAACAACUCUUCAUGGGAAUGGUUUUUUGAGCAGUUGAAGAACAAUCUUGGUCUAGGAGAUGGUGAGGGUGUGUUCAUCAUAUCUGAUGUACAUAUGGCCAUUUUGAAUGGUGUGAAAACUAUUCUCCCUAAGGCUGAACACAGGCAUUGUGCUAGGCACAUAUAUGCUUUGUGGCAUAAGACCUACAAAGGGGAUGAACUGAAGCUGAUGUUCUGGAAAAUAGCUAAGUCAUACAACAUGGCAGAUUACACAGAAAAUCUUGAGGCUUUAGAGCAACUAGAUCCUGAUGCAGCAAAUGCAUUCAGAGCAUACAAUCCAAAACUUUUAUGUAGGGCUUUUCUGGACACUUCUGUCAAAUCAGAUGCAAUCACCAGCAACAUGGCAGAAACUUUUAAUGGAUAUAUCAUCAAUGCAAGAACAAAACAUUUAAUUUAUAUGCUUGAAGAGAUAAGGAAGAGGUUAGAAAUAAAGAAGAACAAGGCUGUUUAUUAUGAUGUUAUGCCUUCAUCUGAGAUCUUGUUCAAUGUCAGCUAUCAGUUGGAUUUCUUAGUGGUCAAUUUAGAUGCAAAAAAAUGUACUUGUAGAAAGUGGGACAUGGUUGGCAUAUCAUGCUGUCAUGCAGUGGCAUGCAUUUUUUUCUUGCAUAAGGAAGCUGAGGAUUAUGUGGACAGGUCUUACUGGAAAGACAUGUAUUUCAAAGCAUAUGGAGGAAUGAACUUCUUUGUUGUUGCACAUAAUGUUCAAUGA